AUGGAUGAAACACAUAACAACAGGACUUCCUUGGUUAAAGGCGCCAAGGACAUCGCUAAAGAAGCCAAGAGGCAAGCUGCCAAAAAUUUAAGCAAAACUGUUGAUCGAGCCUCAGAUGAAUACUCAGCUCAUCGCAGCUAUAACCGUUUCCAGAAUGAGGAUGAAGAAGAAAACGACUACAACACUUACACUCAGCAAGAUGGUCACUAUGCUGACAACGCUGCGAACGAUGAGGAAGGGGCCUCUAGUGAUGCCACAGAGGGCCACGACGAUGAAGAUGAGAUCUACGAGGGGGAGUAUCAAGGCGUGCCUGCCCACAAUGAUGGGAAGCUGCGGGACGGUCAGGUGGCUCUGGGCCAGCCUGUUUCUGACAGCCUAAAAAGCCGCAAAGAGCUGGAAAAUGAGAGACAGGCAGAUGAGGAGGAGCUUGCCCAGCAGUAUGAGCUGAUCAUGCAGGAGUGUGGCCAUGGGAGAUUCCAGUGGCAGCUGUUCUUUGUACUUGGGCUGGCGCUCAUGUCAGACGGCGUGGAGGUGUUCGUAGUGGGCUUUGUCCUGCCCAGUGCAGAGACAGACAUGUGUGUCCCCAACUCUGGUGCCGGAUGGCUUGGUAGCAUUGUGUAUCUGGGGAUGAUGUUUGGAGCUUUUUUUUGGGGCGGCUUGUCAGACAGAGUGGGCCGUAAACAGUGCCUGCUGAUAUCCAUGUCUGUCAAUGGCUUCUUCGCCUUCCUCUCCUCCUUUGUCCAAGGCUACAGUAUGUUCCUCUUGUGCCGCAUGGUGUCUGGCUUUGGGAUUGGUGGAGCAGUACCAAUAGUAUUCUCGUACUUUGCGGAGGUGUUGGCUCGGGAGAAGAGAGGAGAGCAUUUGAGCUGGCUGUGCAUGUUCUGGAUGAUUGGAGGAAUUUACGCCUCAGCCAUGGCCUGGGCCAUCAUCCCACACUAUGGUUGGAGUUUCAGCAUGGGUUCAGCCUACCAGUUCCACAGCUGGAGAGUGUUUGUGGUGGUGUGUGCGCUGCCGUGUGUCUCUGCAGUGGUAGCUCUCACUUUUAUGCCUGAGAGCCCCCGCUUCUACCUGGAGAUGGGUAAACAUGACGAGGCCUGGAUGGUGCUCAAACAAAUCCAUGACACCAACAUGCGUGCCCGUGGAGAGCCUGAGAGAGUCUUCACUGUGAACAGGAUAAAAAUCCCCAAACAGCUGGACGAGCUGGUGGAGAUGCAGAAUGAGUCAGCCAACCCUGCACUCAAGGUCCUCUUCAAGAUCAAGGCUGAGAUCAGAGGAAUCUGGCUGACGUUUAUGAAAUGCUUCAGCCACCCAGUGAAAGACAACACUAUAAAACUGGCUGCAGUCUGGUUUACUCUGUCUUUUGGGUUCUACGGACUCUCUGUGUGGUUCCCGGAUGUCAUCAAGCACCUUCAGGCUGAUGAGUAUGCUUCCAGAGUGAAGAUUCACAACAGUGAGCGCAUUGAAGACUUCACCUUCAAUUUCACCCUGGAGAACCAGAUCCACAGAAACGGAGUCUUUCUAAAUGACAGGUUUAUCGGUAUGAAGUUCAAGGCAGUCACAUUCAUUGACUCAUCUUUCCUCAACUGCUAUUUUGAAGAUGUCACCUCUGUCGGAUCUUUUUUCAAAAACUGUACCUUUGUAGACUCCUUCUUUUACAACACGGAUAUUGACGACACUAAACUAACAGAUUCAAGGGUGAUCAACAGCUCCUUCCACCACAACAAGACAGGUUGUCAGAUGACAUUUGAUGAUGAUUACAGUGCCUACUGGGUCUAUUUUGUCAACUUCCUGGGAACACUGGCUGUGCUACCUGGAAACAUCGUCUCUGCCCUCCUCAUGGACAAAAUAGGACGGCUUAGCAUGUUAGGAGGCUCCAUGGUGCUGUCAGGCAUCAGCUGCUUCUUCCUUUGGUUCGGCACCAGUGAGUCGAUGAUGAUCUUCAUGCUCUGUCUCUACAACGGCCUCAGUAUCUCUGCCUGGAACUCCCUGGAUGUGGUCACUGCUGAACUAUACCCAACAGACAGGAGGGGCACAGGCUUUGGCUUCUGUAAUGCCAUGUGUAAGCUGGCAGCAGUGCUGGGCAACCUGAUAUUUGGCUCAUUGGUUGGCAUCACCAAGGCUAUCCCUAUCCUGCUGGCAUCAUCUGUGUUAGUUUGCGGCGGGCUUGUGGGGCUUCGACUGCCAGACACACGAGCCAAUGUCCUCAUGUAA